AAGAAAUGGAAAAGUAUGUACCUAUAGUGCAAAUUCCAAUAAUAAUAAUAAUAAAUUCACACAUACGUCGGUAAAGUAAAAUAAAAAUAUCGAGGAAGAACUUCUUCUUCUUCUGGUGUUAUUGAGCUCUUUCUCUCUUGGCCUCGCCUCGCCUCUGACCACUUCGCUCCUCGGGCAUUAGGUACUUUGUAAGUAUCUGUUGAUAUUUCUCUGCAAAGUUUUCAAAAUGGGAGACUCAGAAAAUGCUCACCAACCUUCCAAAAAGAGAGGUGCUUUGAAACAGCUGUCUCGCGAGAAUCCGGAUGAUGAUGAUGAUAUUGGUUCAGCUGAACUUGAGAGUGGCACUUUCAAGAAGGCCAGUGAUGAGGUGUUGGCGACCAGAAGAAUUGUCAAAAUCAAGCGCAAAGAGCCAUCAUCAGCUGCACCACCAGCCGCAGCAUCCAACCCAUUCGCCGGAAUUCAAUUGCUCCCUACUGCACCUGCUUCAACCGGUUUUGGAACAAAUGCUCCUCUGGCUGAGUCUAAAGUGGCUCCUGCUGAAGCUGUAGUUGACGACAACCAAAAGGCAGUUGAUGCUGAAGACGGCGAUGAAGUUGACAGUAAGAAGAAGGUUGAUGUCACAGAUGAAGUCUCUGUAAAGUCUAAAGUAAAGGAUGUUGAUGAUAAUGAGUGUGGAAAGACAUCUGAUGCUGGUGUAGACCAGGCGGUCUCGGGUGUUAGCAACGCUGUGGAAGGAGCAGCACAAACUGAGGAUCCUCUUGAGAAGGAAUCAGGAGGUGAUCAGACUGAUAUAAAAGAAAAAGAAGGCGAAGGAAGCGUUGAAGCAGCUAAGAACGGUGAUGAUGAUAAUAAUAACGGCUCUUUGAGUUCGUUCCAGCAGCAUUCGAGUAGCAAAAACGCAUUCACCGGACUUGCCGGCACACAGUCCUCUGGUUCUUCCUUCUCAUUUGGUGUGGUGUCUCAGGAUGGUAGUUCUGGACCUCUCUUCGGCUUUGGCCUCUCAAACAGCAACAACACUUCUUCCCUCUUCGGUGCAUCUGGAUCUUCCAUUAUCAAGAAGAGCGAAGGCACUGGGUUUCCUCCAAAGCAAGAGGUUUCCACAGAAACAGGGGAAGAGAACGAGAAAGUCGCCUUCUCAGCUGACUCGAUCAUGUUUGAAUAUCUUGAUGGGGGAUGGAGGGAGCGUGGCAAAGGAGAAGUCAAGGUCAACGUUUCAAGCAAUGGCGGUAAAGCAAGGCUGGUUAUGAGAGCUAAAGGAAACUACAGGUUGAUCCUUAACGCGAGUCUCUACCCGGAGAUGAAACUUGCAAGCAUGGACAAGAAAGGAAUCACGUUCGCUUGUGUGAAUAGUGAAGGCCGAGAAGGUCUCUCUACGUUUGCACUCAAGUUCAAAGAUCCAACAAUCGUUGAUGAGUUUCGCGUAGCUGUUGACAAACAUAAAGAAAGUAAACCAGUAGAAACGGCUCCUCCGCUGAAGACACCUGAGAACUCUCCAACGGCUACAGAUGCUGCCUGAAGUGAAAGGUAAAAGAAAAACACUGAAGAAACUCUCCUCUUUACCUUUUGUGUCUUUACUUUCAAGUAGUUGAAUUUUGAGGCAGAGAAAACUAGAGAUUCGAACAAGUUUGUUUGUUGUUGUUUUCAUUUUAAACAGUUGUUGAGACUUUCUGGUUAGCAUAAGACUUAAAAAAUCUGCAUCAAAACCUCUUUAUAUGAACCAUUUCUUUCA